AAACACCUUCAAUUAAAACUGGCGGGCAACCUGGCUCGUUCCCCCGUGGUGGUGGGUGGAAACGGCAGUGGCAGUGGGGGUGGUACUGGAGGUAAUAACGGUGGUGCAGGGGCUAACAAUGGUGGUGUACGUAAUCCACCCGUUGUCGAUGGCACACCAGCAAGGGCAAUACUUGAAGUAUGGGAGGAAGCAGAUGGAUACUCAUUCGAGGAUUCAGAUCGAUUUGAGGAGGACUCGUUGUGCAGCUGGAGCAGCGAGGCCGAAUCACUCAUCAACAACUGGCGGGGAUGGAGACGACCGCCUGCUGGUUUUGGGCUCUCUAAGAAACCCUCCGAAGAAGGCCAACAAGUACCAACGCUGUGCGAGCUGUCAGCCCGUUGUGUGGCAUCUCACAUUCCCUUCGAGCUCGUCGAACACGUCUAUCCUCCAGUACCAGAGCAACUCCAACUUAGGAUAGCCUUUUGGAGUUUUCCCGAUAACGAGGAGGAUAUCAGGCUCUACUCAUGCUUAGCUAACGGAAGUGCCGAUGAAUUUCAACGAGGGGAGCAUCUAUUUCGCGGUCGAUGUGUCAAAGAACCUUUACAGAUUGGUUUUCACCUGAGUGCGAGUGUCAAUGCCCAAGGUUUUUCCAGCAAUGGGAGCGAUCGUAGCCAAUGUAAAGUGGCUGUAACUUUCGAUCGUCGUCGUAUAAUAUCGUGCAACUGUACAUGUCCAUCAACUGCUUAUUGGUGUUCACACGUUGUAGCAGUAUGCCUCCAUCGUAUUCACAUGCCUACACAGGUUUGCCUAAGGGCACCAGUGAGCGAAUCACUGUCUCGUCUUCAUCGCGACCAACUUCAAAAAUUUGCACAAUAUCUCAUAAGCGAAUUACCACAACAAAUUCUGCCAACGGCACAACGGCUCCUCGACGAACUUCUGUCAGCUCAGCCAAGUGCCAUCAACAACUAUUGCGGUGCACCAGAUCCCACUGCAGGGGCAUCAGCCCACGACCAGACUUCCUGGUAUCUCGACGAAAAGACCCUACACGAUAACAUCAAACGAAUACUCAUUAAAUUCUGCGUUCCUGCUCCCAUUGUCUUCAGUGAUGUUAAUUAUCUCAGUACGACAGCACCACCUGCGGCCACCGAAUGGUCCUCUCUCCUUCGUCCUUUACGCGGUCGUGAGCCUGAGGGCAUGUGGAAUCUUCUUUCGAUUGUACGCGAGAUGUUUAAGAGAACAGAUCGUAAUGCAAUACCGCUACUGGAAAUUAUUACGGAAGAGUGCAUGGCCUGUGAGCAGUUUUUGGUUUGGUGGUUCAACACUAAGGUAGCACUCCUUAACGGCACAGGCCAUGGUGGUGGCAAACAUGGCAGCAUGAACAGCAAUGCUCAUGCAUCUCAACAUGCCUGCUCCUCUCUGUGCGACGAGAUUGUCGUACUGUGGCGAUUGGCAGCCCUGAAUCCUGGCUUGUCUCCUUCUGAACGUGAAAUGCUUCAUGGACAAUUCACUGCAUGGCACAUGAAGGUUGUCGAUAAGGUGACGAAGAGCCGAGGGAGUUCAGUAAGCCACAACACUCCGAAUAGAAACCAUGGGGGAGCGCAGAAAGAUUCUCUGAAGACCGAUAUAGAUGUUUUUACUGGAUUUAAGCCAGCAUUGGAAGCGUGUUAUCUAGACUGGGAUGAAUAUGCCAUUCCUGGUAUUACGUACACCGCUGGCAGUAAUCCCAUGUAUCACUGCCCAUUCACCUGCUUUCGUCAUGCCGGUGAUACAAGAACCGAGGUCAAUCAGGUCAACUCUUCAGCUGCUGUUCUCAACUGUCAAGUACCAAAUUCUCAUCAUCACAGUAGACGACCGCACAUGGGACUCGUAGAAUUCAGCUACAUGGACAGAAAGUGCCUGAACUCCAGAGAAUUUCCUGGUUUCUGUUCAAGAAAUCCUAAUAACGCACCAGGACCAAGCAGCAGUGCCAAUAACACUAAUGGUGGAGGCGAUGGAAAUCGAUCGAGUGUUAGCUCCGAAGGUUUUUGUGAAAAUGAUGGCGAUAUGUUUCCUCUACCACCACCAGUUGUCCUAGUUCGACGAGGCUACGGUGAAUUAAAUAACUGCGGUGACACUGAUUCACAAGAGGGCGGUGGAAGUGAUUUAUCAUCUAACAGCACUUCAAGUAUGAAAAAUGCUCAAGGUUCGGAUAAGCUUCGCUCAAAUGCUUCGUUCAGUGAUAGUAGUGAUAGUAGUAAUAAUAAUGAAGCUGUGCCGAGUACUUCCAACACUCCACCGAAAGCCUCUACAUCGAAAGAAACGAAAGAUCCAUCUAGGCGACCCUCUAAGGAUGAAUCAUCAUCGUCAAGCUCAGACAGUCCUUCUGGGGAUGAGUAUAAUUUUUAUUACUACGAUCCGAAAGCAGCUGCUACUAUUAAUUCCACUGAUGGAAAAGAAACGAAAACUGACAAUCAGGGGAGCGCGAAUGCCAGCGCUGUUCUGGGUAAUCUGAAGAAGACAGAGGACCCGUGGGAUGUGUUAUUCGCAAGGGCCGAAGGACUUUACGCCCAUGGUCAUACGAGGGAGGCUUGCAUCUUGGGGGUACAAUUAGCUGAAGAACUUUUGUCUCAUCCACCUGAUCUGAUGGUUGAAGUACCACCUAUCCCUGUCAAAUCCAAGAGAAAGAAACAACCUGUCAAUCCUGCCUCUCAUCAGCUGACUUGCUUGGCUUCAGCUACACUGGCAAAAUGCGGUUUUCUAUGUACAGUACUCGCUGAAAAUCCUGAACAUCACAACUUAGCCUUCAGGAUGGGUCUCUUUGGUCUAGAAAUGGCGAGACCUCCAGCGAGUACAAAACCGUUGGAAGUGAAGCUCGCACAUCAGGAGAGCGAACUCGUUGGAUUGCUUAAGAGAAUUCCACUGGGUCCUUCUGAACUCUCAAUGCUUCGACAGAGAGCAGAACAACUUAGAGAUGGAGGACUUAGGUCUCGGGGACAUGCACUAUUACCCAUAAUGCUUGCUAGCUUGAUAUUCGACGCUCUCAAUACACCCAGAUUAAAGGGCGACUGGUUUGUUGUAACCAAUGAUGAUGACGAGAGCCUUGGUUUCGAUGCUGUUGUGGCUGCAUUAGGAUUAAAAGCUAAUGUUAGCGAAGCGGAUCAUCCAUUACUUUGUGAAGGCACUAGGAGACAGAGGGGGGAUUUAGCGAUCACUCUUCUGGUUCACUACAAGGACGAACCUACAAAAUUAGCCAAAAUAAUGGAUAAAUUAUUGGAUCGGGAGGUACAUCAACUGAUUAAGUCACCAAUUGUUAGUGGCUAUUACAGCUCUAAUCCUCCAACUACAAGCCAGUUGGCUGUGUUUCGACGAGCAAAAGCAUGCUCCUCACCCCUAUCAUCGAACGACGCAACAAUGUCAGAUAAUCUAGCAGGCACAAGUUCACGUCCCCACAGUAGUACAAGUGCCGAGCUAGAAACUGGUAUGGGUGCAUUAACAGUGCAACCCCAACCAACUCAACCCCCCGUAUCAACCCGAACAAAGGAAACGAGGUAUAAAAGCAAGAAAGUGUAUCCCUCGAUACCGAAUCAACCAUCAGAGGCUGGUGCUCACUUUAUGUUUGAACUUGCUAAGACUGUUCUAGUAAAGGCAGGUGGUACUUCAUCAACAUCGUUGUUCACCCAGGCAUCAACGAGCCAAAAUCAUCACGGACCCCACAGAGCCCUCCACAUGUGUGCCUUCCAGAUCGGUCUCUAUGCUCUAGGACUUCACAACUGCGUAAGCCCAAAUUGGUUGAGCAGAACUUAUUCAUCUCAUGUGUCGUGGAUAACAGGACAAGCGAUGGAAAUAGGUGCCCCAGCAAUAUGGUUUUUGAUUGACAGUUGGGAGGGUCAUCUGACACCCCCAGAAGCGGUUAGCAUUGCUGACAAAUCCUCACGUGGCAGUGAUCCUCACAUGGUACGAGCAGCAGCAGAACUUGCACUGUCGUGUCUCCCACACGCUCACGCCCUCAAUCCCAACGAGAUCCAACGAGCAAUCCUUCAGUGCAAAGAGCAGAGUGAGUUUAUGUUGGAGAAGGCCUGUAUUACCGUUGAAAACACAGCGAAGGGAGGGGGAGUAUAUCCAGAAGUUCUCUUCCAAGUUGCCAAGUACUGGUACGAGUUAUACUUGAGGCAUACUCCGGGUGGAGAUCAGCAAGACGAUAUUCCUCACGAGAAUCUGCAGUUGGAUCCUAAUGGAGGCCUGUUAGUGGAGCCUGGGCCACCACCUGUUGAUCUCACCGCCAGUCACAUGAUACCCCAGCCACAGGCUGUGGUUACCAGCGCCCAGGCACCUCAGCCCUAUCCAGCCCAUCCAACCAUUACUACCUUGGUACCAGGCGUUGGAUUACCAUAUCCAGUGGGUCCAUACAGUUUUGUUCAUCCUAUUCAUCCUAUGCCCACCUUUGGCGGUCCUUUACCACCUCACAGAGUAGCACUACCCCCUCCACCUCACAUGCAGAUGUAUCAUGCUGCAAUACCUCCGCUUCCUCCCCAUCCGGGUCACCCUCAACAUCCCAGACAUCCACCGCCUGUCACUCAACCACCGUCUGUUCAACAAUACUAUGCUCAGCCAACUGUGACAACUGUCAACGUUCAUCCAGGCCCUGGGACCCAUCAUAUGUUCACAAUGCAACAACCAAUGGCUGUCAAUAUUCAGCCUGAUCAGUGUGGCCACAAUGGUAUGCCCCAAAUGGUCCAGCCCCAGCCUAUCAUGAGUACAGUUAGACCUCAGCCACAGGUCCAUCGACAAAGCCCUCAUCAAAUGCGAGCACUCGUGGCUGCCUGGAGAGUUGGUAUGCUUGCACUCGAUACACUGGGCAGACGGGUACACGACGAUAGACCGCAAGCUAAAUACGCUAGAAAUCCACCUUAUGGCGAGGAUGUCAAAUGGCUACUAAGAAUUUCUAAACGAUUGGGAACUCAGUGCUUUCAUCAUCUGUGCGUGUGCACAGUUCAGAGCAUUGUUAGUCCAUUUGUUCUGCAUGAUGUUGCCUUGGAAGCGGCGAAUUAUCUUUCGAGAAGUAAUCCUGCACUCUUCAUACAGAAUCUUAGAUCUACGGUGCUGGCACCGUUGGUUCACAAAUGUCAGCAGAUGUACAUUCAAUGUCUUCAUCAUAAAUUGUAUCAUCUGAUGUCGGGAGAAUAUGAGGAAUUUGCUAGUGUCGUUUGCGCAGCUAGAGCGGCUUUUCAUAUUACCCCAGAGGGACAUACGCAAUUUAAGGAAUGGCUUCAGUCUAUGAAAAGAUCGCCCGCCUGUAACAAGGAAUUAUGGGCUCAAAUAAAUACAGCGCUCCAGGUAAAUAGCAAAUGACACAGAGCAGAGCCAGGCGUGACGUGGCUCACAUCUCGUACCCAUCCAUCACCUCAUUCCCAAGAACCAGCGGCAGCACUACAUCCACAUCAGGCCCUUAUGAUCCAGCAUCAACAUAUUAUGGCCACUGUGAAGAAUUUCGCCUGGGAUAAAAUCACGAUACCGUGUAUUAUAGAUGGACAAUAUCAACACAGAUUGACCAAUCGUUCAUCAUUACCAUCACAAGUAGCUAUGUUACAGCUUGAUCCUGGUAAUGUUUCACGUGAAACAUUGGAUAAUAGAGAAGAAUGCAGUUGAUUACGAUAACUCUGUCCAUUGACUCAUCAACUGCUAUUUUUCAUUGUUUUAUCAUUUUUCUUUGGGCCUUGAAAAAUUAUUGAUUCCCAAUUUUUAUAACACUUUUGCCUCCUGCGUGGACAAUUCGUCGAUUAAUUUGCAGUCGUCUGAAUUUAAUCUUACACUAGCACUUGGAUAAAUAUGUAAAACAUGUUACAAGAGGUGAAACUUGUAAAAAUCACGAGAAACGAGAUAACAUCGAGGUCCAAUUGAAAUUUAAUGAAAAAUCCUUCAUCAGGUAUCAAAAAGGAAAAGAAAAAAAAAGGAAAAAAAUUGUAAACUUUUUUUUUCAUGAAAUCUCUUCAUUUACUACACGCGAAUUGUAAAUCAAACGAAUGAAUACACGAGCCAAACAGAAAUUCCAUCAAUCGAUCAUGGAAUUUUAUGAGAAAAUUAUAUAUAUCAUCGAUUAUCAUUAUGCAUCUGAAUCACUUCAUUUUUUUCGUAGUAGAAGGAAUAAUAAACUUCGUUAGCCUCGAUUAGAUAGUAAAUUUUAUUUCAACUAUAGAUAGGAUCAAUUUUUUACGCAUCAUAAUUCAAAUAUUUUUCUCUUUCUCUUUCUAUACUCAAUUUUUUUGUUUCGAUUUUUGUGACAAAAGAAUUAAGUAACGAAAGUACUAUUUAUGUAGCGAACAAUAUUACUGGGGAGAAAAAUGCCACACGUAUAAACACACUACAUAACAGAUGAAGUAAAUAUUUACUCGAGUAACUACAUCGAAAUUUUUAUAUGAAUUGAACAAAUAAUGUGAAAGAAAUUAAGACGAAUCAAUUACUUUUUUUGGUUAAUUUCACUUUUGUUUUUACCAUUUGUGUAAACAAAUUUUUCUUACUUUCCGCAAUCAUAAUGAAAAAAUAGAUAGUUUUUUUUAUUUAACGCACAACAUUGUAUCUAUCACAUUUGUUUCUGUUUUGUCAUUCCCGACACCAAUCCAUCAAGGAAAUGAUCUCUUUAAUUAUUAAUUCUAUAUUAUUUUGAUUUUGAUUUGAAUAAAAAACGUAAUGGAAAAGUAUGAUGAAAA